AUGGCGGAAAAAGCUCCAGCCCAGGCCGAGACCAAAUUUAAAGAAAAAGACGAGUUACAAUUGCCUCAGUGUGUGAUAUGUAUGAAAGUUUUAAGUAAUGAUACCAUGAGGCCCAAUCGCCUUAAAAGGCAUUUGAAGCAACAACAUCCUACUCUGGUUUUGGAGACGAAAGAGUUUUUUUCUUCUAAAGCAGAGUCACCCAAGCGGAUGAGACUGGAUAAAUCGGGAAGUUAUCACACAGGUGCUAGAUCUGAAGAUAUAUUUAAUUCAAUAUCAAAUUUUGUUGAAAAAAAUGAUUUGGAUUGGAAGAAGCUCAUUGGACUUUGCACAGAUGGCGCACCUGCAAUGAUAGGUGUACGAUCGGGGUUAACUAGAAACCUCAAAGAAAAAAAUCCCGCAAUGGUUAGUACACAUUGUGUUAUUCAUUGGCAAGCUUUGGCUUCCAAAACAUUGCCACUGAAAUUACGCCACACUUUGGACUCGGCUAUAAGGAUUGUAAACUACAUCAAGAGCAGCGCUUUGAACAGUCGGGAGUUGGCAAGAUUUCCUGAGCUACAUCAGUAUGUUAGUGCCAGAGACAGCAUGAUUUCUAACAUUGAAGCUCAAUCAAGUACCCCCUAG